AACGAGCCUGCCCAUUCUGUCCCGGGACAGCGCAUAGGUGGGGUGUAUCAACAUGUAGCUCUGAAGCUUUCUUUAAUAAUCUACCCCUUAUCGGGUAAUCUAUGCUGCUUGUUUCCUCUGGUGCGUAGUUUAGGACUUCGAGGAUGUACUGUGGAGUGAUUUUAGCGAUUGGAGUGGCGGUUCUUACUGGGGUUGUGAGCGGUGAUGGACAAGAUGAACAUUUAGCCACGCCCCCUCCUCCGUGGAGACAUGGCGAUCUGCUCUGUGAUUGGUGUCCACCAGGACAACGCAUGAGCAGUCCCUGCACCGAGCAGUCGCAGACGCAGUGUGUCCCAUGUCGGGAGAACGAAUAUGCCGAGUACUACAACCACCUGUUGGAAUGUCGGCUGUGUAGGGCAUGCGUCAGGCAUCACGAACACGACUCGGAAAACUGCACCUCCACCACCAACAGAGAGUGUGAAUGUGACCCAGGCUACUACUUAUCCGGUGACGUCUGUGAAGCUCACACGAAGUGUUCCGUCAGAUACGGGGUGAAGGAACAAGGAACGCCCACAAGUGACACCAAAUGUGCGCGCUGUGAAUCCGGGACCUUUUCUGACGUCAUUUCCAGUACAGAGGUCUGUAAAGACCACACCGACUGUACGGACUUUGGGCUGUGUGUAGUGGAGAAGGGAAACAGACGUAAAGACAACACCUGUGGAAACUGUACAACCAACGGGACAGUGACCAUUAUGACAACUGUCUCUACACCGACAACGGCUUCCAUAGGCAACUCAUCCAUAGAUACAGAAAACUCCACAGCUUUGGGCAACAUUGAGACCCCGACAGAUCCAUUUACAAGGGGAUACAUUACACUAGGAUGUGUAUGUGGUGUUGUCGUCUUACUAGUCUGUGCAGGCGUAGUGAAAAGGCACUGGCUCCGUGCAAAGUUCAACGAACUUUUGGGGCGAACGUCACAGGACGGACAAGGUCAAAGUCAGGUGGACGGCGGCGUGACCAUGCAGCCACUGAUGACGCAGCGCUCUGGACAGGCGCAAGCAGUUUCUGGAGAGGCACAAGCCGUUGGUGACCGACCGACCGAUAGUGUACUCGUUCUGGGAUGCUGUCCUAUCCGCUCUAGUCCCAGACUGCGAAGAGGAGUGUCACGGAAUGACGAACACGUUCGUGCAAGGAUGGUGACGACUGAUGACCUGCCCGCCAUCGCGGCUGACAUAGGGGGCGCAUGGAGACCGCUGGGGCGGAGACUGGGCUUCAGUGACGGCAGGCUGGACGGCUUCGAAAACGACUACCGUUACCUGGAAGAGAUGACUCACCAGAUGCUCCGCAAAUGGAUCAACGAGAGCCGGGAAGAAGCGACAAGAGGCAAGCUUGCGGAUGCGCUUGUGGAAGUGAAUAAAGAAGCCGUGGCCAGGACUCUGCUCGGACUCGCAAUCGGCGAACACAGCGAAUAGAUGUGCCAAAGACCUAAGCUGCUACCUGUUAGAAACCAGGCCUUCCUACGGCCGGGGGUACGGGGAUCGUAGAAUUAGGCAAAAAAUCGGGAAAUUAGCCAUAGGAGUCAGUUCAUGCUAAGGUAAAUGUUUCCCCUCUGGUCGGCCGUUCAACUCCUCUGGCAAAUUAUUCUCCCUAGUAUAGCCAGCGUAGUCGACGUCAGUAUGAUAGAGUAGUACAGAAUACUGCAUCAGAUGUUUCCGUUCCUAUCAAAUACUUAUGUCAGGUGUCUUGUAUAAUAUUUGUUGUUUCGUGGUGCCGUUGAUCUAAGCCAUUUCGCUUAAGUGAGGCACCACUCUGUACUGUUGUAUGUUGCAAUAAAGAAAGAAGAAAUGGACAUCGUU